AUGGCAGGGAGGCGGGAGCACCCAAGCGCCUCCGGAAUUCUCUCCCAGUCCGGGCCCCGCCGGCGCUUCCUGAGGUCAGAGGGCUCGCCCCCACCCCAAGCGGAAAAGUACCCACAGGAGCAAGGGCCGGGGCCCGGGCCGAGCCGGGCCAGGCCGGCGCGCUCAGGGCUGCCCCGGUGCCUGCGCCCCGGAUCCUGCCUCGCCGGAGCGCCUAUGGCCACGGGAAACCCUCACCUCCUGCAGAGCGGCCUGGCCGGCUCCCCUCGGGCCCGGCUCCCCGGCGCGCUGCCUCUUCCGUGCCCCGAGCCCUCUCUGCUUACCCUGAGGAGCCCGGGCGGGGGAAACUUUUCCAGGCGAGCGCCGCGGCGGCUCAGGAGCCCCUCGGCCGAGCGGCAAGCCGGGCUGCGGGGGCCUUGUGCUCGGCGCGGUCCCCGCGCUCGGCGGCAGCGUCAGGCGCGGAGGCGGGGAGGCGCGGCGGCGUGGCCUCGACCGGGCAGGCGACCAGGGCAGGACUCGGCCUCGGCUGCGGCGCGGACGGGGACAGCGGCCCGGCCGCGGCGGCGCGGCUUGUUUACUCAGGCCGCUGUCAGCGGCGGCGGCGGCCGGGACUCCUCCUCCUCCGCUGCCGCGCUCCUCCCCCUCGCGCCGCCGCUGCGGGCCCGCCGCCCCGGCCCACGGCGCCCGCCCAUGCCGCCCGCCCCCGGGUCCCCGUUCGGAGUGGGCACGCCGCGCACCCUAGCGCGCCGGAGCCCCGGACCCCGAGCGGCGGCCUUGCGGCUUUCUGGGGCGCCCCGCUGCCUGCGGCUCCCGGCAGGAGCAGUCCAUGAGUUUGGCCAGGACCGGGUUAAGUGCCUUGGGAUGGCGAACCUGGGGUACCCGCUCCGGGGUAGGACUUCACAGCGGCAGGACCAACCUUCUCCUGGCCUUCUGAUAGAGGAGUCGCGAUUUUACUUGCCUCUGUGUGGAAAGGAAACCGAGGCCUGGAGAGUCUGCUCAGAGUCACAGGAAGAGGAAGACCCAGGAUUUGAAGACCCAGUGAGAAUGGGAAGCCCACACACUUAACCUAAAAGAAGACUGGACCGUGGUUGAAUCGGACACCAAUUCUCUCAGGCAUCAUCACCUGGCUGAUUCACAUUCGACAUUUUUUCGGACAAGCUCACUUUCAUUCUUAUGGUCGCACGUAUUGAUUUUCCUAUAAGGUCCUGCCACUGACCUGGUGGACUGACCCAAGUAACAGCCUUCCCGCCUCACAGACCUUCCAGAAAAGGCAGUACAGUGCUCUGUUAUCAACCCAGCCCCAAGUUCAAAUCUAGCUCUGAAAUUCACUUGAAUGCCCCAGAGCAGAAUAUUUAGCUUCCUUGAGCCUCGGUUUCCUCAUCUGUAAAAUGGGAUAAAGAUAGUGCCCAGCUCCCAGGUGAUACCUGUAAAGAGCUCUGCACAGCCUCUGGCCAGCAACUAUGGUGACUGUGAUGAUGUAGCACCCUCCUCCCUUCUGAGGAGGAACUCCUUCUUGUUGGCUGCCCGUGGAGGCUUUUCUGACCCCUCUGCAUUUGCCUAAACCCAGGCUUCCAUGGGUGAAAUCUCUGCCCUAACCGUGGCUCUUCUUUUCAUGCUGUUAGGUUAUUUUUUCCUGGGCAGGAAGCCACCGGCCUCCUUGCCUUGCUGUCUGUGCUCAGCACAGCCCCUGGUGUGGCGUGGUUCCUGGGAGGCCCACGUGGUGCCUGGCACCCAUUUUGCAAGCUGCCUACUCCUUUGACCUCUUGUCUCUGAGGUCAGAGGUCAGAGUUCAGAGGACAGCUCUCUGAGGCAGUACUUCCCAACACGUUCACAUCAUGACACACAGAAUAUGGGGGCGGCCCUCUGGGGCGAGGCUGAAUGAGGCUGGCGGGGCCUUGCCAGCCGCUGCCACCCAGGCCUCCUGCCUGCUCGGGGGCCGAGGGGUCUAGAACCCGUGUCAGGCCCAGUCCCUGGUGCUGAACCUCCAACUGAGGGUCCCACCGCUGGGCUGGCCCAGUCCUCUCCUCCAGGGUCCGGGCAGGGCUGAGCUAACCAACCGACUCUCGUUUUAGAGAGAAGGAAGUUUCCAUGAAGGAAAGCUUGUUCUCCAGGGCGGCAGCAGGGACCUUUCUCGCUGUGGCAGGGGGUCUCUAACUUGGGUGCUGUCGGACUCCCUUUAAGGGGAUGAGAAUUCCUGCAGACCCCCCAGGGCUGAUGUAAAUUUUUAGCUCUCACGCAAGCACCAAUCCCAAAUGAAUAGGUGAUACACAAUUCAAAGGUCAGAACUACAUAGAAAACACACCUAAGCCAUCUUGCUCCUAUCUCUGCUCCUUCUAUGUGGGGCCCUCUGCGCCCCAGUACUAAUUUUUAUUAGAUUUGAUUUAUUCUAUCAGUGUUUCUUUUUGCAAACCUCAUGCACAUUUAUCUAUCUAUAUCUACCUAUUCUUCUCAAAAGGUGGUGUACUAAGUAUAUGACUCCUGGGGAUAAAUCUGGACCCGGUAUCGUGGGAUUGAGAACAUCUUAACCGAAAGGAGCAUGCGAAGUGAAACAAAAUAAAGCUUCGGUGGCUGAGAGAUUUCACACGGAGU